UUCUAUGGUGACUCUGACAGUCAACAAACAUGGCUGAUACAGGAAGCGCUGACCAGCAUGAACGAUCAUCAUGCCACAUCCCAACAUUUUCAGCCCGACAUCCAAUGAUCCCCAAACUCUACGUGAUGCCGUGGAAGCAGGACAUGAAGAACCGGAGACUCCUGAUGAAGAACGCAGCUCUGGCGGGGAUCCCCGUGGUUCCUCUUGAGGAGUCUUUGUGUUUCUGUGGUCGAGAACGUCUCUGCCACAGCCAGGACUCCGCCUACAGCACCACCUCUUCCUCUACUUCCUCCUCCUCGCCUCCGUUCAGCCAGACAGGACUGCCCGCUCAUUGCUCCUCCCACUUCUCCAGGUAUAACAGCUCUGUGGUGACGACCAGAGGGCUUUUCCAAACCUGAGCACAGAUCACAGAAACACCAAUAAAACAUGCAUAUCUGUUAUAGAAACAAA